AUGUUUGCUAUUAAUACUCAGAUUAUUUACAAGUUGCCUGACUUCAUCCCUAAUCUCCAUAUCGAUUUGUCUUCCCCUGAAAAAUUAAUGCCUAAACACAGACCUCCUCCUAUUAAAAAGGAUCCUGUUUUAGAUGCACCUGAUGAAAUCAAGAAAUGGUUAGAAUAGAGAAGAAAGAGAUACCCCAAUAAAGAUAGGCCUGCAUUGGAUGAAAACGCAUAAGAACUUUCUAUCUUGGAAUAAAAAUUGAGAAAAAAAAUAUCUAUUUUAAGUGGCAGCUGCAGAAGAACCUAAAUUAAAGCCAAGUAAAUGAAGGAACUUUGCAAAGUGCUCACUGAAUCAAAAAGAAUCAAGAAGAAAUUCAACAAUGAACCAUAAGAAAGUUCUGAAUCAGAAGCGAGUAAUCAAUAGGAAGAAGAUAAAAAAUUAGAUGAUAAAGAAGCGAUCUCAAAAGAAAUAACUAAAUUACAAAAGAAACUUAGUGAUAAUAGACCAAAAGAAUACUAUAAAAAAGCCAAGGAAGGAGGGGAGUAAUAAUAACUAUCAAAAAUGGAAAAGUAAAUAAUCAAAAAGAAAAUUAAGGAUCUCAAAUUGUAGUUAAAGCAAUUAAAUCCAGAGGCUGAACAAGUUUAAGAGUAGUAAUAAUAGUAGUAAGUCAAAAGACCAGAAAAUACAUAAACUUUAGAAGAUCAUACAAAGGAGAUGAUCGGCAAUUUGGAAGAGUAGAAAGAGAAAAUGGAGAAUUUAUUGGAUGAAUCUUUGAAUUACAGAGUAAACCCUGCAAACUUUAGGUACAAGAGUAACACUCUGUAUACAAAUAUGUUGAUUGGGGAAAUCUACAGAGAGAGACAAUAUAUUUUGUAGGCAAUCAGAUAUUUGGUGAAGGAGAACUUUUUUGAAGAGAAAGGGCAGGAGGGAUUCGAAUGUAUAACUUCGGAAUCAGAUGAGGAGGAAUAAGAGUUUUUGGAGGAGAUGGAGGAAAAUUUUUGA